AGAGAGCUAACUCUGUGACACCCAAAGCAAUAGAUCUACGACCCGUGAGUCGUGACGUAUCACCAACCUGUUAAGCUGCACACAUCACGGCAUCUCUUUGCUAGAGCUGAAAGCACUUGCAAAGCACAGAGAGAGCCUUACUUAGCUCGCACCCACACCGAAUCAUCGCCAUCGCUCACUAUUUCGUCUUGCAACCCAAUCUUUUCGCCUCGUCUCACUCUCACUGCAAUUAGCAGGCCCCUCUCUGCUUGCCCGGUAUCGAUCUGGCGAAGUCGACAGCGACCACCGACCGUCCAUCGGCCAGCAGCUCAUCCGCCGGAGGGAACAGGGCAAAAGCAGGGUCUAUCUAGAGCGAGCAUGGCCGGGUCUUGCUCGUCCCUGUUUCUUGGAGCGGUCGCGGUGGCGCUGGCUCUCGUCCUCCUCGCCGGCGCGCCGCUGGCGCUCGCUGGCGACCCGGACUACCUCCAGGACCUCUGCGUCGCCGACCUCAACUCCGAGGUGAAGGUGAACGGGUUCCCGUGCAAGGCGAACGCGACGGCGGACGACUUCUUCUCCAGCGUCCUCGCCAAGCCCGGCGCCACCAACACCACCUCCGGCUCCGUCGUCACGGGCGCCAACGUCGAGAAGGUGCCGGGGCUCAACACCCUCGGCGUCUCACUCUCCCGCAUCGACUACGCCACGGGGGGGCUCAACCCGCCGCACACGCACCCGCGCGCCACCGAGUUCGUCUUCGUCCUCUACGGCACCCUCGACGUCGGCUUCAUCACCACCGCCAACAAGCUCGUCGCCAAGACCAUCACCAAGGGCGACGUCUUCGCGUUCCCGCGCGGCCUCGUGCACUUCCAGAGGAACGCCGGCGACGAGCCCGCCGCCGUCAUCUCGGCCUUCAACAGCCAGCUCCCCGGCACGCAGUCCAUCGCCAUGACGCUGUUCGGGGCGUCGCCGGAGGUGCCCGACGACGUGCUCGCCAAGGCGUUCCAGAUCGGCGCCGAGGAGGUGGACAAGAUCAAGGCCAAGUUUGCGCCCAAGAAGAGCUAAAUAUUCAUAAAAAAAAUCUGUUUUCUUCACUGAUGUUGCAUCGGUUGGUUCGAUUAUUGUCCUUGGUUUGUUUGUGAUUCCGCAAGUGCGUGCCGUGCAAUCGUCUAGCUCGUGUCUAAUUAAUUUGUGAUCGUCGGUUAAGUGUGACCUGCAGCAGAAUGGAUGAGGUGUCUGUUGUAAUAAUUUGCGGGUGAGAACAUUCUGUUCAUCUUAUCUUUAAUUAAUUAUUAUUAGCCCAAUCAUUCGUGAACCUUAU